UCAGCUGACGAGCGUAAACACACUUGGCGGAAACUACAGAUGAAGGCUAAGGAGCCCCGCCGUUUUUCUCCUGUUUUCUGCGAAUUUAUCCCUUAAUUCCGUGUCUGAUUGAUUCCAACAGUUAAACAAGAGAGUCACUAUGCACCGCUCAAAAAGUGGAUCCGGCUUCCCUUCGAUGUCAUCAUUCAAUGGACCGUCAAACAAGAGAAUGAGGGUGCAAGAACCAGCAAAACAAGACGUUGUGGACGACUUUAUGGAUGAUGAUGAUUGGGGAGAUCUUGAUGAGGAGGCUAUGGAUGAGUGCAUGGUCUUAGCCACCCAGAUGUGCUCACAAGCGCCACAGAAUAACAACGAUGUAACAAAACAAGAUGUUGGGAAUAACUUCAGUUCAGCUGUUGGCAAUGCAGCUCAUGGGGAGAACAGCCGCGAGCAGUUUCCCGGGUCUUACAAGAACAGUUUCAAUGACAGUGGCAUCUCCAGUGUGAAAAGUAGUGCCCUUAACCAGUCACGAGCCGUACAGAACAGUACUAAGUUGGGCCGAGGUGUCGCUGGGCAUUCAAAUAAUGUGUCACGAAGUAAUUCAUACAGUCAUAGGUUUAAUGACUUUUCCAUCCCAGAAACAACAGUGCAAAAAAGUGGUCCUUCUCUUUCAAAGACAGUGCAUAGUUCAGGUAAAGUGUACAACUCUAUACCCAUUAAAGGGUCGAGUACAAGCAACACUCAUGGGAACACGCAUCCAACAACUUCAGGAACAGCUACUCUGAGUGAUGGCAGCAAUCAAGUUCAGCUCAAGAAAAUGCAGGAUGAGAAGGCCAAACUUCAGGAAGAUGUUUUGAUGAAGCAAGGAGAGAUUUCCUUGUUAAGGUUGGAAUUGAAAAGGAAGGAAGCAGCCUUGGAAGCAGAGAGGCUUGACCGUUGCACUGCACUGGAGGCGGCAGAAAAGAGAGGCAGAGAGAAGGUGGCCAGUGCUGCAUCAGAAGCAGAGGCCAAAACGAAGGAGUCCUUAAGGUCUGUUGAGAGACUGCAGGGAGAAUUACAUUUUAAGAACAGAGAAAUUGAGGAACUGACUAUACGAUGCAAGCGCCUGGAGCAGCAGUCCACACAGCUGGCUUCCUCACAAGUGGCCUCACCACCCAAGAAGGGGCGUCACGAGUCUGCGUCUCUGUCUCUAGGGGUGUCACCUGUGAAGGCUCGCAACAAUUUCAAGUCACACCUUGACUUCGGUGGAGGUCCAGUCAGCGUGCGCACCGUAGAAGUCCAAACGGAAUCAUCACAGCCGCAAGGGAAGAGGAACAGGAGUCGUCUCUCUCUUGAUAUGGCAAAAGGCAGGGUAACAGGUUGCAGACGUGCUUCGUACAUGCUCUCCUCGCAUGCAAUGGCUACUGUUGCAAAGGAUGAGGAAGUGAGGGCAGGUAGCUGGUCCCUUGCACCAAAGUGGGCUAGUCUUGUGUCACAGCUGAUUGCCGAGCAUCAAGACAGCACCAGUGUUGAAAAGCACUUGGUGGUGUUGGCUAUUCAGAGACUACAAGAAGUGCAAACCCUGCUUACCACAAGAGACCCAGAUGCUGCAAGAGUGCCUCCAGCUCAAGGUACAGCCCCUGUUGAGUGGUAUGAGGGGAGUGUGGUGCCUGCUCUGUCUAUGUUGGAGUCCCUUAUUGCUCCGUAUGGAACUGGCCAUGAGCAAUCUGCCUUAAAAGCUGCUUGUGGGCAUUUGUCACCUUUGUGUGUUAAGGAAAUUGUGGUUAACAACAGAGUUCGGCAACAUGUCCUUCAAACUCUAGAGAAAAUAGCCAAAUUUACAGCAACAAACAUUGAGGCAGUGGUUUUUCAGCAGAUGAUAACCUCUCUCAGUGAUUUCUGCGACAAAGUUGAUGAUUGGGAUGAUGUCCUUGCGAUGCUCAGGUGCCUCCGAGCCCUUGGAUCUCAGAUGGCAUUCACAAGCUUACUCUGCACCAAAGCAGAGUCAUGCCUUAUAAACAAGGUAUGUAUGCUGAUUAAUAAGUACUCUGGUGAUAGGACUGUCACAGUAAGCCACAUGUUAGGCUGGUUGGCUGUAUUAGUAACAGCUCCUCCACCUUGGCUCCGAUCCACUUGUUUCUGCCCCUCCAAGUUGCUCACGUGCCUCCUCAAACAGUCUCACCUGAUACUUGAUUUCACAAAGCCAGAGAAAAGAUAUGAGAAAGCGAAAGUGUUCAACUUGCUGAAGACAUUUGUCCGAGUGUUGCACUGCUGGUCAACUGCGGACCCUGACUGGUGGGUGAAAGUUGCUUCUGUGCCAGAAUACACUGCCAUCAUGGGUACUGUCGUUGCCAAUGCAAGUGACCUUCAGAUUGACAGACAAACAGUUGAUCUUCUGUGUGACUUGUAUGAAUUUGAUGAAGCAGUUUUUGAUGGUUGCUAAGGGCAAAAAUGAAGAAAAUUAUCUCCACACCAUUCUAGAACUCCAGACAAGAGAUAUUAGAUACAUUGAGAAAGCCAAUGAAGGUCUUGAAGUGGAUGGUGAAGUGAACAAACAUAGACAUAAAUAAUGAUUUGUAAUCAAUUAAAAGACAUAUAAGAGUAAUGUGAUAAAAAUGCAUAUUUUCUAUAGUAUAAUUUUGUUUUCCUUUCUUUCUUUUUCCUUUUAAUUGCAUCCUUAUUUAUUUCUUAUUGGUAAAAAGCUCAUUUCUGCAUGGCUAAUCAGUGUACAUAGAGAAUAUAGAAGAUAUUUUCCAAACAUUUACAGAUUUCCAUGAAAUUUUAUAUUAGGGUUUUAUUUGAUCAUUUUAUGCAGUUUCAGCAAGUUAACAAACAAGAAUUAAGCUUGUAAAUAAUGAGCAUUAUCAUUUUUAUCAAAGGAGAUGAGACAGGUAAUAUCUUUCCUUUGAUAAAUUAUAUAAAUAUAUCCUUUAAGUGGCACUUCAGUUAUAUAUUGUUUUGAUCUUAGGCUAGGUAUAGUUUUUACCAGUUGAUAUUUAUGAUCACAAGGGCUUAGUUUUACUUUUGACUUGCUCUUUCUAAAUUUGGUUUUGAGGUUCUGAGAGUAAAACAUAAACAAAUAGGUAUUUAGUGAAUCAAAUGAACUUUACAACAUCAAUUUAUAGUUUGCAACAAAAGAGACUGCAUCAUUUUUACUAUGCAAUUUUUUUAUUUGUCAUUUUUGCUUUAUUUAUUUAUUUAUGUACUUUUUUUCUUUUUAGGAAAUUGCCCUAUGGUAAACUGCAUAGGAAGUCAAUGUACAAUAUGUUCCAGUAGAAUUUUAUACAAAAUUUGAUGUGCUUGGUUUAAAUUCUAAGAACGUAUCUAUUAUAGACGAAUAAUGUUUGGUCAACUUGCUUUCCUUUCCUGAGACUUCAUAAAAACCUGUUAUGUAUUAAUUUACAUCAAAGAGAAAUAUUUUUUCACUUGUAUAUAUAUAUAUAUGUAUAAUUUUAAUAAAAUGCUUAAAAAAAGUCAAAUACAUCAUAGAUUCUUUUAGCAUCUUGUAUCCUUAUUCAACUUGAUGGCUCUGUGAGUGCUAAGUCACUCAAGGGUAUUACCUAUCUUGCCUGUUUACCCUUUUCCUUGAUUUUUGGAAACAUUUUCUGGUAUCUGAUAUUGGUGCUCGUAGUGUCAAUAACAUUAUAAUAAUAAUAACAGCACCAAUA